AAAGAGAAGUCACAUGUUCCUUCUUCUUCAUCCCCAAAACAAAAAAAGCAAAACCCUAGAUCCGAGAUCAGACCCAAUCGGUGAGAAAUGAAGAGAGAUCUUCAUCAAUUUCAAGGUCGAUUGUCCAACCACAACCACGGGACUUCUUCUUCUUCAUCAUCUUUACCCAUUUCUAAAGAUAAGAUGAUGAUGGUGAAAAAAGAAGAAGACGGUGGUAACAUGGAUGAUGAGCUUCUCGCUGUUUUAGGUUACAAAGUUAGGUCAUCGGAGAUGGCGGAGGUUGCUUUGAAACUCGAGCAAUUAGAGACGAUGAUGGGUAAUGUUCAAGAAGAUGGUUUAUCUCAUCUCGCUACAGAUACUGUUCAUUAUAAUCCAUCGGAGCUUUAUUCUUGGCUUGAUAAUAUGCUCUCUGAGCUUAAUCCUCCUCCGCCUGGUUCUCACGGUUUAGAUCCGAUUCUUCCUCUGCCGGUCGCCGGAGAUUCUUCAACUAUUACCUCGAUUGGUGGUUUUCCGGCUUCCGAUUAUGACCUCAAAGUCAUUCCUGGUAACGCGAUUUAUCAUCAGAAUCAAUUUCCGGCGAUUGAUUCUUCGUCUUCGUCGAAUAAUCAGAACAAGCGUUUGAAAUCAUGCUCGAGUCCUGAUUCAAUGGUUACAUCAACCUCAACGGCGACACAGAUUGGUGGAGUUAUAGGCACGACGGUAACAACAACAACAACGACGGCGGCUGAGUCAACUCGGUCUGUUAUCCUGGUUGACUCACAAGAGAACGGUGUUCGUUUAGUUCACGCGCUUAUGGCUUGUGCUGAAGCAAUCCAGCAGAACAAUCUGACUCUAGCGGAAGCUCUGGUGAAGCAAAUCGGAUGCUUAGCUGUGUCUCAAGCCGGAGCUAUGAGAAAAGUCGCUACUUAUUUCGCUGAAGCUCUUGCACGGCGGAUCUACCGUCUCUCUCCGCCGCAGAAUCAAAUCGACCAUUCUCUCUCCGAUACUCUUCAGAUGCACUUUUAUGAGACUUGUCCUUAUCUUAAAUUCGCUCACUUUACGGCGAAUCAAGCGAUUCUUGAAGCUUUUGAAGGUAAGAAGAGAGUUCAUGUCAUUGAUUUUUCUAUGAACCAAGGUCUUCAAUGGCCUGCGCUUAUGCAAGCUCUUGCGCUUCGAGAAGGAGGUCCUCCAACUUUCCGGUUAACCGGAAUUGGUCCGCCGGCGCCGGAUAAUUCUGAUCAUCUUCACGACGUUGGCUGUAAAUUAGCUCAGCUUGCGGAGGUGAUUCACGUCGAAUUCGAAUACCGUGGAUUCGUCGCUAACAGCUUAGCCGAUCUUGAUGCGUCGAUGCUUGAACUUAGACCGAGUGAAACGGAAGCUGUUGCGGUUAACUCUGUUUUUGAGCUCCAUAAACUCUUAGGUCGUCCCGGUGGGAUAGAGAAAGUCCUCGGUGUUGUGAAACAGAUUAAACCGGUGAUUUUCACGGUGGUUGAGCAAGAAUCGAACCAUAACGGACCGGUAUUCUUAGACCGGUUUACUGAAUCGUUACAUUACUAUUCGACUCUGUUUGAUUCGUUGGAAGGAGUUCCAAGUAGCCAAGACAAAGUCAUGUCUGAAGUUUACUUAGGGAAACAGAUUUGCAAUCUUGUGGCUUGUGAAGGUCCUGACCGGGUCGAGAGGCAUGAAACGCUGAGUCAAUGGGGAAACCGGUUUGGUUCGUCCGGUUUUGCGCCGGCAAAUCUCGGGUCUAACGCGUUUAAGCAAGCGAGUAUGCUAUUGUCAGUGUAUAAUAGUGGCCAAGGUUAUCGUGUGGAGGAGAAUAAUGGAUGUUUGAUGUUGGGUUGGCACACUCGCCCGCUCAUUACCACCUCCGCUUGGAAACUCUCGGCGGCGGCGCACUGAGUUUGGCUGGAUGCUCACGGUGGUGAUAUGGUGA